AUUGCUGCCACAUAACACCAUAUCUUAAGUAGGUGAAUUAUAUAUUUUGCACGUUCAAAUUCUCAGGGUGGCGGGCGCUUAGGCCACUCUCAACACUCAUAAUAUUUUUCAAAUAAUAUAAGUGCAGCUAGUGCAUUAGUAUCACAAGCUCAUAACCCUCUUAUAAAUACUCAAAGCUUCUGCUCAGACUAUACAAACUAAAAGAGCAAUACAUCACAGAGAAGAGAGCUUAGGCAAGAAAGCACUCCAGCUCUUUCAGGCAAUUAGUAAUUGGAGACAAUGGGCGCAGGUGGGCGUAUGUCUACUGCUCCAUCGAAUGGCAAGAAGACUGCAGCAGAAGCACUUAAACGCGCUCCUCAUGAGAAACCUCCUUUCACCAUAGGUGACCUUAAGAAAGCCAUUCCUGCUCAUUGCUUUGAAAAAUCACUCAUCACUUCUUUUCGUUACCUCAUUCAAGAUCUCCUCAUGGCCUAUGCCCUUUACUAUGUUGCCACAAAUUACAUAGACCAGUACCUUCCACAUCCUCUUAAUUACUUAGGUUGGGCAGCUUACAUUGCUGUCCAAGGUUGUGUCUUAACCGGGGCUUGGGUCGUAGGCCACGAGUGUGAUCAUGAUGCCUUCAGUGAUUAUGGUUGGGUGAAUGACCUUGUUGGCCUUGUUGUCCACUCUUCUCUCAUGGUCCCUUACUUCUCUUGGAAAAUUAGCCAUAGACGUCACCACGCCAACACUCAAUCCCUUGAGAACGAUGAGGUUUAUGUCCCUAGAUUUAAGUAUAACAUCAGGAACUACUACAAAAUUUUCAACAAUCCUCCUGGCCGUGUGCUUGUGUGGGUUACCACUCUCCUCAUAGGUUUUCCUUUAUACUUGAUGUUCAAUGUUUCGGGACACAAGUAUGAGAGGUGGACUUCACACUAUGAUCCCCAUAGCCCUCUGUACACAGAACGUGAGCGUAAACAGAUCAUUGUUUCUGAUGUUGCCAUUCUUACUGUCAUCUAUGGUCUAUACCGUCUCGUAUUAAUCAAAGGAUUUGCAUGGGUCUUCUGUGUUUAUGGAGGUCCAUUGCUAGUUGUUAACGGAUGGUUCACACUGAUCACAAUCCUCAAUCAUACUCAUCCAUCUGUCCCUUACUACGAUUCAUCAGAAUGGGAUUGGUUGAGGGGAGCUCUCUGUACCGUUGACAGAGACUAUGGGAUUUUGAACAAGGUAUUCCACAAUGUAUGCAAUGCUCAUGUUUGCCACCACAUUUUCUCCAUGAUCCCACAUUACCACGGACUCGAAGCCACAGAGGCCAUGAAGCCUGUAUUGGGUGAUUAUUAUCAAUACGAUGGAACUCCGAUUCUUAAGGCAAUGUACAGAGAAAUGAAGGAAUGCAUUUACGUCGAGAAAGAUGAAGGAGAGACCAAAGGGGUCUACUGGUACAGAAAGGACAUUUGAAACUGAAAACGAUAUUGACUCCUUUCUCUACUCAUUCCCAUGUUGCAAUUUUCUACAUUUCCUUAGAUAGCAUGUUGUAGGUUCAUUAGUUUAUUGCUCAUUUUGAAUAAGAUGAGUCCACAAGCAGUGGAUAAUUUGUAAGUUGUAAUGUAGCCUAGUAUGAUUGCAUCAAUGAAAUUAUGAUUGUCCAAGAA